ACAGGUCCCUGGCCUCAGGACGACAGCCAGAACCAACACGCUCACUACAUGAGGGACAAGGCGACGCAGACCCCCAGGGCCUGGGCAGAUGAGAGGAGGAGGGGCUCUCACAAACGCUCGGCCUCCUGUGGGAGCACCGAUCAGCUCAAGGAGAUUGCCAAAUUGCGUCAGCAGCUUCAGCGCAGCAAACGCAGCAGCCGCCAUCGGAGGGAUAAAGACCGCAAGUCUCCCUUCAAUGGCAGCCAUACCAUCAUCCAGUCGCAGUCACCUAUGCCCAAGACCAUCCUGAUACCCAUCCCUAUAUCCAAAUCAUCCGCCCCUCGAUUCCGCAACAGCGUGGAGGGCCUCAACCAGGAGAUCGAACGCAUCAUCAUCAGAGACACACCUGAGAAGGAAGAGACCAUCGUUCCACAGGAUGUCCCAGAUGGGCACCGCGCACCCCCACCCGUCCCCCCACAGCGCAGCAGCAGCACCCGCAGCAUCGACACACAGACUCCCUCAGGGGGCGGCCUGAGCGGUAGCCAUAGCAACUGCAGUAGCCGCCCCGACUCCAUCUCUCCCUCCUACCUCACCGUCCUCAACGACGCGGCCGGAGGCAGCCCCUACGAGGACAAAGAGCUGGGCCCCUACUCCCCGCUGCCUAAAUACGCCGCCUCCCCCAGACCCAACAACAGCUACAUGUUCAAGAGAGAACCUCCAGAAGGCUGCGAGAAGAUCAAAGCGUUUGAAGAGUCCAUGCCCAAACCUCUGCAGGAGAUCCCCCCCUUCCUCUGUCCCGACCGCAACAAGGUCAACUUCAUCCCCAACAGCGGCUCCGCCUUCUGCCUCGUCAGCAUCCUCAAGCCCUUACUGCCCGCCCCGGACCUCAGCUUUCGCCCCGGGGUGGGCCUCCGAAGUCACUCCCCGUCCCUCGUGCCUCUGUCCACUCAGCCCUGCCUCCUGGAGGAGCCCGAGAGCUUCUGA